UCAAACGACAUCUUGAAGGCCGGAGCUGUGCAGAGGGCUCCGUGGCCCAUCAUGGCGAAACAUAUCUACACGCUCUCAUUGGUGUCAAUUGUUUUCGUUGUAGGAGUUCUCUCAGCCGACAAGGCAGUCGAAUCAGCAAAAGAUGGAAAGCAGCUCGAAACGAUCAAGAACAUUACGACCGAUACCCCGAAGGUCGUAUGCUACUUCAGCUCAUGGGCGCUGUACCGACCCUUCCCGAUGAACUACGAUAUCGAUGAUAUUCCCGGAGACAAAUGUACCCAUCUCGUGUACGCUUUCGUAGGACUCAGCAACCAAACCUGGGAGCUUUUCUCGAUCGACCCGGAGUUCGAUUUCAACAAAGGUGGUUACCGGCGCUUCACGGCGCUCCGCAAGAAGUUCCCGCACGUGAAAACUCUUCUCUCCGUCGGAGGAUGGGCUGAAGGCGGCAAGAAGUAUUCGGAAAUGGUAGCCGUGGAGGCUCACCGCCACACGUUCAUUAACUCCGUCAUCCAGUGGGUGCAGACAUACGGAUUCGAUGGUUUCGAUCUGGAUUGGGAGUAUCCUGGUGCUUUCGAUCGCGGAGGCACCGUCAAAGACAAGGAAAACUUCCUUGAUUUGGUUAGGGAAAUGAAAUCCGUCUUCAACACCUAUCGAAUGAUCCUGUCCGCCGCUGUUCCCGUGUCCAAGUUCCGGGUUCAAGACGCGUAUGAUAUCGAGGAGCUUGGAAAACUUCUCGAUUUCAUCAAUGUCAUGACCUACGACCUGAGAGGAAAUUGGGCAGGCUUCUCCGACGUACAUUCACCAUUACACAAACGGCCUUUCGAUGAGUGGGCUUACGAGAAAUUGAAUGUGCACGAUGGUCUCCAGAUGUGGGUCGACGGUGGCGCCCCGAAAAACAAGCUCAUUGUCGGUGUUCCGUUCUACGGUCGCACCUACACCUUGCAAGACCCCCAGAGCCGCGGGCUCAAAGCCUAUAUCGACAAAGACAAGAAAGGUGGUCUUCCCGGAACCUACACCAACUCGACCGGUUUCCUCGCCUACUUCGAAAUUUGCUCAUUGCUCUCGCAAAACAACGGAUGGACCCGCAAAUUCGACCAGAUCGGCAAAGCGCCGUACGCCUUCAAGGAGGACCAAUGGGUGGGCUACGAAGACGCCGAAUCGGUUGCCGCUAAGAUGGAUUAUCUCAAAGAACAGGGCUACGGUGGAGCUAUGGUUUGGGCUCUGGACAUGGAUGAUUUCCGAGGCUCCUGCGGUGAAAAGAAUCCGCUCUUGACGACGAUCGAUAGAAAGCUCAAGGACUACAAAGUGCCCGUCGUGAAAAAGCAAGUCAUCAAAAGACCGAAACCCGUCCUCAACAACCACUCGAAACCACACAGGCGGACUCAAACCAGCCCUGCGCCGAACACCAAGAAAUCCGUGACCACUCCGCGAACUCGCUUCGCCCCUCAAAGCAAGGCCACCACAGCCGCCGCGAAACCCAAAACCACACAGACGGCGAAGCCCUCGACAACGCGGCGACCGAUCGCACAGAACCUCAAGAAGACCUACGGGGAUCCGGGCAGACUCUACCCGAACGACUGCAAUACCCCGAACAUUUCUUACAUUCCUCACGAGAAAGAUUGUCAGAAGUAUUAUUGGUGCGCUUACGGAGUACCAAUCGUGAUGUUCUGCGAAGGGGAAACCAUUUGGAAUCAAGAGGACGGAAACUGCAAGCUGCCCGAUCUGGUGAACAGGCCCGAGUGCAAGGGUGACAACCCCGUUUCGAACCCAUUCACUCGAAGAAAGCGCGGGAGCGCUAGAAAGUAGUGGGAUCACAGAGCAUUAUUAGGUCAGGAAUUUGAUCUUCAUGAGGUUUUCUUCAGGCGCUCCUGUUGUACAAAUUGGGCGUCACGCCAUUUACGGAGAGGAGGUCGUCGGAGCUGACAUCUGUGUGGAUGAUAUUUAUUAAAUUGAACAGAGCUGGAAAUGAACGA